UCCCUCUUUCCCAACCAACUGACCUUAUACUGUACUUUUUCGAGCUCCGACCUCCACCAAGAAUACAUACGUAUCAAAGGAGUAUUACACUCUGUCCUGCAGUGGAGUUUUCCAGCGCCCGAAUACAUAUACCAUACAGCUUGUCGGACGGCGUCAACACGUAGCCACGCUACAGCUUUUCCCGCUCAUUUGUGGGCGGUAACCUGGGAGGGUCUCGCGAGGGUUGUUUUCCCAGGAAAGUGUUGGCUCUUAUGGUGGCUGCUCGAGGCAGCGGAUGGUGUUAGCACGAGAGACGCAGCUGGACUCCGACGCAUUUAGGACGAACGACAUGCACUCGGAUUUUAGGGCCAAUGAAGGGGGCUCAAAAGAGGAAGUUAUGCAGGAUGACACCAGCUUCGGCACAUCUCGACCACCGACGGAACUAUACCCGCAACGUUCGACUCCCGGGGUCUCCUCGCCUUUCGAGAGGGACCUCAUGUUCUUGAUCACCCGAUUCUUGUCCGGCACCACGUUCCAAAGAACCUACAACACCCUAUGUGAAGAGCUGGGAGGGCGCUCGGGGGAAGUCAAAGAGGAAAGCGUAUUGCCGAUGCGCGUGGACUGGAUGGGACAGCGACAUCCGCUGACAUACGCGCAGCUGACAGAGGAAAACCCGCAUGUGCUACCCGAUCAUCUGCCACGGCUGUUCGAGAAGGUUUCGGAAGCUGCCAGCUCAAACGAGUCUUCAUUGAUGCCCUCACUUAUGAGCUCGAAAGCGGCGCUGGCGAUGAAUCUAGGCUUGGGAGCGACUGCAGCGAAGCCUUUUUCGAGGAGAGCGAUUGCGUCGCAGUGGCGAACGCGGCCAAUCUAUGCGACUCGCGCCCAUGAGAAUGCACAGCGGACCACUUUGCGCUUCGACACGCCGUUGUCAAUAUACUACAAACGCUUUGAGAGGUUGCUUACCACCAGAGGCCAUCAUUGUGCCAUAUUCAACGGCAUUUUCGACAAGACCGGCUCAGUUUACAUAACGGGUGGAGACGACAGUCUUGUGAAAGUGUGGUGCGCGAAGACGGGGUAUUUGAUGCGCACUCUUCGCGGACAUUGCACCUUCAUGGACACGAACGCUGUUCUGGAGCAUCAUGUCAUCUUGGAUGUCGCACUCAAUGAUGAUAAUACCCUUCUGGCAACUGCCUCGUCGGACGAAACUGUGCAGAUAUGGGAUACCCAGUCCUGGCACCCUCUUAUCACACUGAAAAUCGGAAAGGAAAUCACAAAAAUCGCGUUUUCCCCUGCGCCUCUGGAGGAGUGUAAAUGCUUCUUGGUGGGAGCGAAGGACGGCAAAGUGCGGGUGUACAGAUGGCUCCCAGCAGAGAAAAACUUCGAGCUAAAGCCCUUGAUAUUGAACACUCAAGACAAGCGCACCGACAGCGUGCGGACCGUUGUCUUUGAUCGCAUCGGAAGCCGAUUUGCCGUUGGGGGAACCGACGGGUUUAUCCACAUCUACCGCAUCCUACCGAAGAUAACAGAGAAGCCACUGCAAAAUCGGAAGGCCCCUCCGCAUAUUGACAACGGGUCCGCCAGCGAAUCGAAGAUAACCGAGAAGCCACAGCAAAAUCGGAAAAACGCUCCGCACAUCGACAACGGCUCCGCCAGCGAUCCGGAAUUCUGUGUCUACAAAGGAAAACUAGAUGCCACCUCCAUCAACUCCGAGGAGAAGCCGAAGCGAUUUGGCGAUAUUGGCGUGAAAGAAUUGAGGUUUAGUCAUAGUGGAGAUCGGUUCGCUUCUGGAUGCAUGGAUGGGACGAUAGCCAUCUACAAUUACUGUGACACCACUUUCAAAUGGGAGGCAAUCAAAUUACGAGCAAUUGUAGACACUCCGACAGGCGCGAGUACAGAAAGCAACACUUCGACUGGACAGACCGCUGAUCAACCUACGGCCGUGCCGAGUACAGAUGCGCCCCAACCAUUGAACGGCAUCGGGUUACCGUUUCUUGGCUUAGGAAGCCACCCAGCUCCAGACACACCACAUUUGGAUGGCACUCCGGAAGUGGGCCAGGUUGUCAAUGGUGCUACUGAAGUUGUUCCCCCCGCGCCUAUUGAUUCACCACCAGGCAGUGUUGCCGCCGUUGUACCACCAACGGCAGUGGGCGAGCCCGAAGUCUCCGCAGAGGAGGUGGCUGGUAUCACAGCUUUGUGCUGGUCUCUCGAUGACCGCAAGGUGAUAACGGUUACCUCCGACUACCAUCUUCGGGUCUGGGAUUCUCAAAAUGGGGAUCUUCUUCACGUACUGCAAGCCCACACCUCGGCUGUUUACAACCUGGAUCCACAUCCUCUGGAUCCUGAUAUAGUGUUGUCUGCGUCUUACGACGGAAAGCUUAUCAUAUGGGAUAUCAGUCGCGGCACAGAAUUGAGGCGUUUCGAGCACGAGCGUCCUCUCCUCGAUGCUUCGUUCUCUCCCGAAGGCAACCUCAUUGGAGCCGCUGACAUGGCUGGCCUGACGCACUUCUUUGGAACGGGCUUGGAUCCGACCAAGUUCACUGAUUACUAUGAGCAGUUUUAUCCUUGCGACUUCACGGCGGUCGGAUAUCAGGACGGAAUAUUGCAGGAUUUGCACAACAGCACUCUGCCGCAUUUGGUGCCGAUGGAGUAUCUCGUUGAUGCACGGCAGAGUCCAUACCGCAUCGACUAUCCAGUGCUGAAGCAGGAUUUUGCGCUAGAUCGGAGCCUACCUAUCGACACGCCACCGCUGGUACACGAUCGCAAAGUCAGAAUGUUCAUCCUGGAUACCAGAGUAGGACAGACUUCAACCGAGCAGCCGUUUGUGUGGUCACAACAAGAGGACAAGAAGCGGCGGAAAGCACGUCCGAUCAAUACGGCACCCACUGAAGCUGACAGGGAGGAGAUGGAGGCACUGACGUCCGCGGAGCCGAUUGUUCCCUUGCCAGAAUCUAGCGGGGAGGAGUUUGCGGGGGGAGAGGAGUCCAGUGAAGGCGACGAGUCGGAUUCCGAAGGAUUCGGUUGGUUGACGCCCGAAAGGGAAAACGACGAUGAAUUCAUCGAUGAUUCCGACGAUCACGGGCAAGGGGGUAGCAGUUCACGACCGCGCAGGGCAAACGGCUCGAAACUGAAUCUUCGGUCAAAGAGGAAGGGAAGAAAGAGGUCACGGCGGGAUGGAAGGGGGCCGCCCCGGAAGCGGAAACGGCUGGACGAUGACGACAAUGAGGAUGAGUUUGACGAUGAUGAGGGCCCCACGCGCUCCAGCCGGCGCAAAGUCAAGCGGAAAUCUUUCAAAGAGUAUGUCAGCGGAGGAGAUGAUGACGACGAGUUUGCGACCGACGAGGACGACUUGGUUGUCACAGACCGCAAAGGAAAGGCCGCUGCUACAUCCUCAUCCCAGCGGAAGAGCAAGAAAACCAAAAUGGACGUCGUCGAAGAAUAUCCGGCUGGCAUCGUGAAGCCAUGUGCUUGGGUCUCCACGACUGAUUCGAAGCGCUCGCCGUAUUUACCGCAGAUCGGCGACUUUGUUGCCUACGUCAAACAAGGUCACAUCGAUUUCGUGAAACAAGCGGUCGACGAGGGAUACAAAGUUGACUGCCCUCCAGGCGAGCACCGUGGCGAAGUCGUCUAUGGAGUGGUCGACAAGCUGUAUUUCUCUCCCGGCGAGCCGGUCAAAUGCACAUUGUCCCUGCACGUUCACGACGAGGAGGUCCGAAGCUUUGGACCCGUACCCGACCGCAGGAGAUUGACACCGGUGGCGAAGGGCGGUCGAAAGGACAUCCUGAAAGUACAGUUCUGGGAUCUGGACGGCAUUACAGAUUUCAUCCUCCUCUUCGAACACUACCGGGAUGCCGUCCUUGAGGAUUGGGAAGAGGGCGCUGCAGUGAUUGUCGACUACCCGGACAAGCCAUACGAUGGGCGGAUACAGGCCAUUUACCCCCGGGAAUCGCCGUGGAACAAGUACCUCAUCCGGUGGGAUGAGGGUGGUGAACCACUCGCUGUUUGUCCGUGGGAGCUUCGAAAGCUCGAUGCGGAGUUGGAGGAUGUGCCACCGGAGCGUUUGAGCGGGGACGACAUGCAAAGAGUGUGUGACAUCAUCGACAACUGGAAGUCUAGGGAUGGCAUGGAAUUCUUCUUGAACGAAGUAGAUUAUGAGACGUACCCGUCGUAUCUUACCAUGAUAGCGUAUCCGAUGUUUGUGGAUCUUAUCCGUGAUCGGAUACGCGGAGGAUUUUAUCGACGCCUGGAGGUAUGCGAUUGCUUUCGGUUUUGCUGGAGACCAGAGAGAAGGAUGUUCUUGACGACCUGAUUUUGCAGUCGGUUGCAUGGGAUGUGGAUAUCAUGAUGCAGAAUGCGAUGACCUUCAACGCCGAUGGAUCUGAGCUAUACAUGUUCGCCGCUUCGCAGUUCCCAGUUCUCCGUGACCAAAUAAUGGAUGGCAUGAGGUUGGGAAAUGAGAGACGCUGGUCUCAUACGGGGCUGCACCCCUCACUACCGCUCAAAAAGCCAACAUUGAAGUUGAAGUUUACAUCC